GAGAGAGAGCGAAGAGAGAGAGAGAGAGAGCAAGCGAAUGAGGAAGAAGCCUUGCGACGUCGCCUCACACUGUAAUAGUGGAUUGUACUUCAGCUGGAGCGGCUUGGCAGGUUUAAACACAUCAAAACAGAACAAAGAGACGAGAGACGCUACAGCACUAUAAAAGAAUCUGCAAAAGAAAAGAGAAAAGGGGGACCGGAGAAAGAGAAAUCUCAACCGCCAGAUGACAAAAGAAGCGAAGAAAAACCACGGGUAAUAUUUUUCCAUUUGGUGACGGUGCAUUCGUUUGGACGGUUUUGAGGACAAAAUAUCACCGUGUUCCACCAGCAGAAGUUUACUCACGGGGCAAAGUUUUUUCGUUUUUUAUUCUUUUUUAUUUUUUGUAUUUGUUUUUUUUUCUAUAUCUAUUUUUAAAGAAAUUACAAAAACAGCAUAAGCGACAACAUAAAGGAGACUACGACUUCUUUUGGACACUGGCUUAGAAAAUAGGAAUUAUCAUUUCUAUUCAUCUAUAAUGUCUGAAUUGUACGAAUUUUCUAAUUGCACAGUAUAGCUUAAGGAUUUUUACAUCCUAUACUUGUGCACUGUAUUUUUUUCCUUGGCAUUUGUUGCUUCGCACUUCGAUGGUGUUCUCCCGAAAACCCAACUCAGACUUUUAAAGUUUGAAUAAUUCAUGAGAUACAGUUUGCUUGCAUCGAGAAAAGCGCGCGAGAGAAAGUUUCUGCAAAAAAGGGAGGGGGGCUUAAUCAACUGCUGUUCAUAAGAUUGGCGGAAUGGCCACGGCGGCUUCCAAUCCUUAUCUGCCCAGCAGUAGUAUAUUAUCGUCGGGUUCGAUAGUGCACUCAGACUCGGGAGGCGCGGGCAUGCAGCCGGGCGGCGGCGUGGCGACCUCGGUGUCCUCCGGCGGCUUCCGAGGCGAGUCAGCGGUGAAAAUGGUGCAGAGUGACUUCAUGCAGGGGGCCAUGGCUGCGGCGAGCAACGGUGGCCACAUGCUGAGCCAUGCACACCAAUGGGUGACGUCCCUGCCUCACGCAGCCGCCGCCGCAGCCGCAGCCGCGGUAGCAGCCGCCGAGGCCGCCUCGCCUUGGUCCACGAGUCCGGUGGGCAUGGCGGCCAGUCCGCAGCAACAACAGUCUCAGCAACAACAGCAGCAGGAUGUGAAAAGCAGCACGGCGCGUGAGGAUUUGCACACUUCCAGCACGCUGCAUCACCGGCAUUUAGGUCCGCACCAGGCGCACGCGACUCCCUGGGGCGGCGCCGCAGCUGCUGCACACAUCUCCGCCAUUACCGCGAGCCAGCAGCAACAACAACAGCAGCAACAGCAGCAGUCGCUCAUCUACUCGCAACCCGGUGGUUUCACGGUGAACGGCAUGCUGAGUGGCGGUCAAAGUCUCGUGCACCCUGGACUGGUGCGAGGCGGCACACCAGAACUGGAGCACGGCGCGCACCCGCACUCUCACCCUCACCAUCAUCACCAUCAGCAUCACCAUCACCAUCACCACCAGCAACAUCAGCAUCAGCACCACCAGCAACAAAGUCACCACGGUCCCAACAGCCACGAGGCACACUCAGAUGAGGACACGCCGACCUCGGACGACCUGGAGCACUUCGCCAAGCAGUUCAAGCAGCGGCGCAUCAAGCUUGGCUUCACUCAGGCCGACGUGGGCCUCGCGCUCGGUACGCUCUACGGCAACGUGUUUUCCCAAACCACGAUCUGCCGCUUCGAGGCGCUGCAGCUCAGUUUCAAGAACAUGUGCAAGCUCAAGCCGCUGCUGAACAAGUGGCUGGAGGAGGCCGACUCGAGCACGGGUAGUCCGACCAGUAUCGACAAGAUCGCGGCGCAGGGCCGGAAACGCAAGAAGCGCACAAGCAUCGAGGUGAGCGUCAAGGGCGCGCUGGAGAGCCACUUCCUUAAGUGCCCUAAGCCGUCAGCGCAGGAGAUCAGCACCCUGGCCGACACGCUGCAGCUAGAGAAGGAGGUGGUGCGCGUCUGGUUUUGCAACCGCAGGCAGAAGGAGAAGCGCAUGACGCCGCCCGGAGUGCCCCCGACGCCGGACGAUGUGUAUUCGCAGGUCGGCAACGGACAUUUUUUAGUAGAUUACUUAAAAGAUGCAAGUUUAAACGGGCCGAGCGAGGCGGGCGACCAGAAGGUGACAACAACCACCCAUUCUUUCCAUCAGGUAAUUCUGGCGCAUUGACAUCAAGUUGGAAAAUUUCGAAAUCAUAUGAAAAUGAAAUGACACCCCCUCCCUCCCUACCCACUAUCCCUAAACACUCUUGUUUAUGAGAUGGAACCGAAAGCAGGUGAUUGCAUGUAUUGAGAUGGGACGUUUAACCCUCAAAAAAUGGGGAUGAAAUUCGACAGCGAAGACGAGAACAGCAUCCACGACGCUUCCGACUUAUUUUCGCAGAGAAGACUGCACGGUAUAAUAUAUUUUCUUUUUGUCUUUCCUUCUUCACAAAAGACACGGAAUGGGAUUUUCCCCCUUGCCUUCCAGUCCUUACAAACACAACAGACAAAAAAACUUAAAGACUGCUCACAUUUUCAGAUCUCUAAGAUCAUAUUUUGUGAACGUUUUUAUGUAAAGGACUUAACGUCACACGGAUUUUUUUUUUUUUUUGAACAAAAAUUAAAAACAAAAGCAAAGAGAGACGUUCGAAAAGACUUUACGGUUCCUCGGCUGCACUUAUCUGAAAUCCUCUGCGGGAGCUGUGGAUGUUCUCCAUGCUGCCAUUUCCAAGCAGUAUUCUUUGGUAGGUUUUAAUAAACGAGACUAUGUAAAGCCGGCAAUAUAUAGAUUCCUUAGAUCAGAUGUUGAUCGGAAUUAUUUACUUUAUAUUUUUCAUUCAAAUGUUUUGUUUUAAUAUUUUAUUCGGGAUACAUUAUGAACUAUUCCAAACAGUAAUUUAUUUCUCCCCGUUUCAGAACUGUGUAAAAAUGUUCUCUUCCCUUUUUUGUUUAUUUGUUUCGUUAAUUUUUUGUAUUGUUUUUCUGUUUGUUUGUUUGUUUGUUUUUUGAACGAGCACAAAUCAAGAAAAGCAGACUUUGGCAGUAGACAACAAAGGGUAUUUUGAUGUGAUGAUUUGAUUGUAAUUUAAUUUUAGUAGUGAUUCCGUAAGAGAUGA